GCCAGCCAAUGGAACUCUUGAGAGCUUGCUUGGUCAAUUGUGCGCAUAUCUAGUUUCAUCUGACAAAGGCGACAUUUGCAAAGAAAUGGUGGUCGUCUGCUGCCAGUGCUGGUUCUUCAACUUCAAGCCGGCCCCCACCCCACUGCCAGUCCUCAGGUUGGAGGCCAGGAGCACAGCAGUCUGAGCUCCUCCUCUUCCUUGCCACGGUACGUUAACAUUGCCCUCGGAUGUCACACAUCUGAAUAGGCAGCUUUGCUGAUUGACUAGAAAAUUUGGCCAGAAACCAGAUUUGCAACCGGGACCGCCAACGCUGCUGGUCAUCUCACAGGAGGUGUGCCUCAUCUCAAGGAUAAUGGGGAACACGGUCGCUCGAAUGGAAGAGGCAGAGGCGGAGGCACCAGAUGUUGUUGAAGAAUCUGAGGCUGCAAAUGCACCGGAAGAGGAGGCCACAGCUGAGCAGGCAGAGGAGCCUGAGGAGGAGGAGGAGGAGGAAGAAAAGAAGAGUAUCACUUUAGACGACAUCAAGACUGCGCCCAUGGAUUACCGUUUUCCAACGACGAACCAGGCAAAACAUUGCUUCACCCGCUACAAUGAAUAUCACAAGUGCAUUGGGGAGAAGGGCGAGGGCAACUCGGAUUGCACCAUCUAUGCUAAAUACUAUCGAUCUCUCUGUCCUGGUGAAUGGGUUGAAAAGUGGAACGAACAAAGAGAGGAGGGCUUGUUUGCUGGCCGAUAUUAGCCCAUCGAGUUGUUACUCUUCCAAUCCAUGUUGGCGGUAUCUUCAUACUAUUCCACGAUCAGGAUAAUGAUUGUACUUGCACCAUUGACUUGUGCUGGCUAAACUGCUUCUGGUAGACGUCCUCCUUGCAGAUCCAACAGGUCUGGUAUGGGAAGCAUCAAUUUAGCCUGGCUUUGUGUUAGAAAGCUCGUGCCGAUCCAAGGAGCGGUGCUGACUGUAGAAUCCCAUAAGGGCCAAUGUUCUAUGAUCUGGUUGGUCGACAAGGAGUUCUGGGCAUAAGAUUGAACCACUCCUUAAGGAUCCAUCAGAGAUACACACACAUGUAGGAGUUGCCUCGAAACUAUUAUAAGUGGGUGCUUAAACUGCAAGGUGUGGCAGUAAAAUCUUGAAAGUCAAGCUGAACAGCGUGCGAGUUAGAGCUGUCAACCGGCCAUGUGAAUAUACUGCUCCGACAUGCAUUGAGCCAGACUUCACUUGGUGCCAGUCAUAAGAGACUAGCCGCAGGCCCGCACUGUUUCAAUCAACGUACUUGCACUUGCGUAUACACAUGUACAGGCAAAUCCGCAAUUCCAUUGUGGCACUUAUAAGGUUGAGCUAGGGA